GGCGGCUGGGUCAGAGCAGCGACUAACUGUAGGCGCGGUGGUCGUUAGACUGUUGCGAGAGCAGCGCACGACGUCCAACCUGCGCGCAGGCCCUCGGCGACUGGCGCCCGCCGGCGGCCCUUCUCGCCAUGUCAGGCACUGCUUGGCUUUAGUUCUUCAGGCCUCCGCCCACCCGCCUACCCGAAGCCGCGCCCACCGCCCAGAGCCAGAGGGAUGGUGGUAGUCACCGGGCGGGAGCCAGACAGCCGUCACUCGGACGGUGCCAUGUCCAGCUCCGAAGCCGAAGACGACUUCCUGGAGCCGGCCACUCCUACGGCCACGCAGGCGGGCCACGGGCUGCCCCUGCUGCCCCAGGAGUUUCCUGAGGUCAUACCCCUUAACAUUGGAGGGGCUCACUUUACCACACGCCUGUCCACCCUGAGGCGCUAUGAAGACACCAUGUUGGCUGCCAUGUUCAGUGGACGACAUUACAUCCCUACAGACUCCGAGGGCCGGUACUUCAUUGACCGAGAUGGCACACACUUUGGAGAUGUGCUGAACUUCCUGCGUUCAGGGGACCUGCCACCCCGGGAGCAUGUGCGGGCUGUGCACAAAGAGGCCCAGUACUAUGCUAUUGGGCCCCUCUUGGAGCAGCUGGAGAACAUGCAGCCACUGAAGGGCGAGAAGGUGCGCCAGGCCUUUCUGGGGCUCAUGCCCUACUACAAAGACCAUUUGGAGCGGAUCGUGGAGAUCGCUCGGCUUCGCGCAGUGCAGCGGAAGGCCCGCUUUGCCAAGCUCAAGGUCUGUGUCUUCAAGGAAGAGAUGCCCAUCACCCCCUAUGAGUGUCCACUCCUCAACUCGCUUCGCUUUGAGCGGAGUGAGAGUGACGGACAGCUCUUUGAGCACCAUUGUGAAGUGGAUGUGUCUUUUGGUCCCUGGGAGGCGGUGGCUGAUGUGUAUGACCUGUUGCACUGUCUGGUCACAGACCUCUCAGCCCAGGGCCUCACAGUGGACCACCAGUGCAUCGGGGUGUGUGACAAGCACCUUGUCAACCACUACUACUGCAAACGGCCCAUCUAUGAGUUCAAAAUCACAUGGUGGUGAGUAGGCCUGGUGGAUGAGAGUCCGGUGAAGGAGGCUGUCCAUCCUCGUGGGUGGCUCUGGGAGUCUGAUCCCCAAAGGAGCUGCUGACUGUUCCAGAGCCUGCUGAAGGGAGGAUAGAGUGCUAAGGCCCAGGUGCCAGGACACGGGUGCUGCUGCAGUCUCCCUGGCUCGCCCGCCUUCGUUGGGGACUCAGUCUGCUGUCUCCCCGUCUUUUCCUCGAGGCACGGCAGUCUUCAUUGGAGGCCACAGGAUCUAGUGAGGACGUCACUGGGAGUCCAGAGAGGUUUGAGACCCUCUUGACACCUUGCAGGACAGCUUCUGCCCACUUUAGAGCCGCGUCACUGGUGGAGGUGUCAUCACUUCCUCAGCCUGCUGGAACAUUCCUGGCUCAGUGUGUCAGUGGGAAUAAGGAGUGUGGUAGGUGGUUUACCCAAGUGUCCCCCCUGGAGCCCUUGGCCAAAGAAGGAGUCCUUUUCUUCCAAUGACUGCAGCGCCUCGUCUUAGGAUGUGGAAAGAUAUGUCCUGUGCUCCCAGAACAUGCCCGUCACCUUCUCUUUGAGAUUAAUCACAGCUGCCAAAGCCAUGUACCAGUUGGGCCUUAGAAAAACCACAAUGUUUACAGCCUUGCCCCAGGGCUCUGGCUUUACCUUCCUUGCAGGGUUAUCUUCUCCUAGGACUGGAAUGUUAAGUUCCAAAGGUUCUUUCUGAAGAUUUCCCCAAGUCAGGCAGACACAGAGUCUAGAUCUUUCGAUAUGUAGCAUCCUUCUCAGAGGCCGAGAACAUGGCUUGCUGUCAAGUCUUGUGGUGUUAGGAUCCAAUGCGGUGAACCUUCUGGAAGGGACACUCUUUCCUUUGUAGUUUUUGUUCAUUGUUCCGGAACGGAAAAUAAGUACUGAGGGAGGCACAGCUAUCCUAGGAGCUGAAGAUGAUGGGGGUAGUAAGCUUUCUGUUUCAGCAAGAGAAGCAGUCCACAAUAAUUUCUUGUUCAGAGUCAGGGUGAAGCAUGCAUCCCCUAAAGAGAGAGUUGUGUAGCUCUCCUCUGAGAGCAUUGCAUGUCCAGGCUGCACAGGGAGGAGGGUCUAUGUAGUCUUGGGUAUCCUUGACCAUUCCUGGAUAGCAUUUUUUUAAUUGUAAUCUUUUCUUAACGUAAGGAAUUGUUAAACGCAGCACCACCAUGUUCAGUCCUUAUAGGGUCAGAGUGGUUCAGUCAGACACUUGGGGGUUGAAGGCACCCAUGUGCUCCAGAGGACUAGAAGGCCAAGCCCUGGGCACUGAGCCAAAUUCCUCCAUGCAGGUGCAGGACAGUGGCUUUCCAGGGCUCUUGUUGAAACACAUGGUUUUGAACUUGUGCUUCACUCUGAGCGUAACAGAGGUAGAGACUGGGGUCCAAGAGGAAGUGAGUAGCAGUCAUCUUCCGGGACACCUGUUUUCUUGGUUGUCCUCAAUAGGAUCUCUGGGGUGUCAAUGCCCCUGCAUGGUCUUAGCCCAGCACAGUGGCUCUACCUUGUUCUAGCAAAGAAGUUCCUUAUUUAAAUAGUUUUUAUUUUUAUUUUUUGGACAGGGUCUCAUGUAGCCAAGGUGGGCCUCAAAUUAGCUGUAUAGCUAAGGACAACCUUAUACAUCUUGACCUUUCUGCCUCUACCUUCGAAGCUCUGGGGGAUAUAGGCACAUUUCCACCACAUCUGGCUCCUUAGUUCAUUUUUUUUUCUUUAAUGGUCUGUGAAGCACACUAUUGAGGAUGAUGUUCAUAUGAGUAGAGAGCCUACAAUUAAGCCUGGGGAUUUUAGUAACUGGGCCUGGAACUCUUUUUGUUCCUGCUGUAGAGUCCCUCGAUGCUUGGAAGCCAGGCCCAGACUGCUUGCUCAAGGUUGCUGGAGACACUGCUUUUCCGCCCCCUCCCUUUUU